GGUCACCAUAAUAAUGUCAAACUCAAAAAUCCAACAUAUAAAUUGUUUAUUCAAACGAAAUCACUUUCAAAUAUUUCAUAUUUGCAUACAAUAGAAUGAAACAUGAUAAUUAAUUCAUGAAUUGUAUGGUUGAUACAUAUGAAUAAACUGUCAGCUCAUUGAAACAAUUUGCAGAUAUCUAACCAACCACAACAUAACAACAGUUGAUAUUGGGUAAUUAAUUAAUCAAACCGGAAGUAAAUUUUCCAUUAUAUAAACGAAGCUGUGCACGGGCAGAAUAUGAAGUAACUCGUAAACUAAACAGCAGUUAUUAUCAACCAUGUCUUCUCAUGGAGCUGAACAUCAUCACGAACAUCAUGAAGAAGCCGGUCAUGGUCAUGACAACAAAGAUCAUUGCAAAUCGUCUGAACACUGUGUGAAAGACUGCCACGACAAAGAGGGUGCUGGUCAUGGAUCUCAUGACAAGCCACAACAUUGUGGAACUGGUUGUCAUAAACCAGGAUCUGGAAAAGAUCAUGGUGGUCACUAAACACACGUAUCAGAAAUUCCUAGAUAGUUCAUAAACUUAUUUCUUAAAAAUAACUAACACAAAGUAACUGCAGACAUUUUAUUGACUAUUGAAUUUUAAAUAUACAUUUUUAAUGCCUGUACACUUUUUGCUUUUAUGUAACGUUAAUUAUUCUGUCUAAUCCACUGUUUUAAUAAAGUUAUACUCACAUUAAGUAGAAU